AUGGCCGCUCUCCUCUCCUCGCCUCCGGCGCCGCAAUACAGGCACGACCCCUUCGAGCAGCCCAGCUCGCCAAAGUGCUACUCGCUCCACGAUGACCUCCCCGCCGACUUUGACAAGUCCUUUGGCUCCUCCAUGUCCAUCUCCGACUCGCUCGACGGACACUCCUCACAACCCCUCGCAGCAGCAGCAGCAGCAGCCGCCAUGCCUCCAACACCCUUCCUCUUUGGCAACUCUCUCGGCCUCCCAACCGCCUUUCACGCAAAGUCCCAUCAGCCCCAAUUCCUCGCACAACUCCACCACCAGCCCACCUCCCACAUCUCCCCGCGCCCCGCCAACUCCCUCGGCGCUGCCAUGGGCACCUCCCUCAACGCCCGCUCCCCCAACCUCGCCGCAAAAAUGAGCUCCCCCAAGGACAUGGACAUCUCCCCCGCCCCCGUCGCUCCCCUCGCCCACGUCGGCCCUUCCCCAUCCGAAGCACUGCCCCACCUCUUGGACAACAUCCACGUCGGAAGGCCAUCCACCGCAGCUGCCGCCAAUCUCCACCACGACCGUCUCCACCCCGUCCUCGGCGGCUCCACUCGUCCGCGCCCCCUCGCGGCAGAGCGCAAGUCAUCGCUCCAGCUCGCCCACUCCAUGUCCUCCCGUCUCUUUGGCGCAGAGAUCGCCCUCAACUCCAACCGCAUCUUUGCCAGAGACCACCAACUCCUCAGCAGCCCAGACAAGGAGCCUCCGCCCAAGCGCAGGCCCAACUCGCUCCCCACAAGGCAAUCCGAAGCAAACGAGCGCAUCUCCCAGCUCUCCGCAGCGCUCACCGCCAUCGCACCGCCCAGAACCAGGCCGGCACUCUCCGCCACCUUCGACGGUGCCUUUGGCGUCGCCUCCUCCUCACAGCCCACCUCCAGCUUUGCCCUCCGCAGCUGCUCCCCGGAUGCCGUCGCUUCUCUUAACAAGCGCAACAGCAAGCGCUCCUCGCGCGCAAGCUCCGCCGAGUCCUUCUUCGAAGAUGUAGAGAAUGAGCUCGGCGCACAGUCCACGGCGGGCGAGACUCAGACGACUGACGCCCACUGGCAGCACCGCGCAUUGCUCGACCACGACCACGACGACGCCGCCGACGAAGACGAUGCCAACCCCUCGCCCUCCCCAUCCAUGACCUCCAUAGCCGGCAACAUGGCCGGCACCAUGGCCGGCUACUUCUUCGACCCCAUGUCGCCCGAGAAGCUUGGAAGCAGGCUCGGCAUGCCUCCCGUCGAUGGGCCUAACCUGCUCGCCGCCAUGUCCAGCACGGCCAACUCGCCGAGCGUCUCGUCUCCUCCCGCCUCGUCCCCGUGCACCAGGAUGCCGCCACCCAAGAGGACCACCUCGCUCGGCACUCGCGCCUUUGCACGCGCAAAAACCAUGGCUGCCGUCCCCAGAGUCGCCAGCGCUUCCUCCUCGGCAUCCGGCUCCGGCUACGGCUCCGCCUCCACCUCCACCGCAGCCGCCGGUGCUGCUUCGCGCACCAUGCUCGGCAAGCGCGCCAAUCCGUACGUCAAGCGUCCCUCGCUGACCAACGCCACGGCUACCGUCAAGAGUGCCUACCCCGUGCUCGGCGUCGCCGGACAGACCAACCGCGUCGUGCGACCCACGGCUCCCGCGCCGCGUCGCUGCUUCUCGGCAUUUGACCACCGUUCUGCGCUCGCGGCCGGCGCGCCGCCCUCCAAGCUGGCUGCCCCUGCCAUCGACUCGCCUGCCUCGCCCGAUCGACGCCGCACCCAGCUCUCCAGCCACGCCGAAAUGUCCGACGCCAACGGCUCGCCCAUCGCCCCCGCCAUGCGCGCACGCACACGCCCCAACUUCCUGCGCCGCGGCAGCAAGGACGACAGCUCGCCGCUCGCCUACGGCACGGGCAUCAAGCGCAGCGGCUCGCGCGGCAACGACAUGGUCGACGACCUCGCGCUCGCCGACCCGGCCUACACAAGCUCGCCCGCCAGCGCAGAGAGCCUGCCCGGCUUUGGCGCGUCCGAGAAGGAGGGCAAAGUGCUGCCCUGCUUCAACGUCAAGGAGGACGGUCUCAUGCGCAUCACGCCGCAGACCAUGACCGACCUGCUGGCGGGCAAGUACACCAACGCGAUCCAGAGCUUCCAGGUGGUCGACUGCCGCUUCGGCUACGAGUACGAGGGCGGCCACAUCCCCGGUGCCAUCAACCUCAGCACCGUCGACCGCGUCGUUGGCCACUUUCUGACACCGGGCCAAGGCAGGCAUGCGGGUGGCAUCCAGCUUCCGCCGCGUUCGCAGAGUGGGCGGGCGGACAGCUACGGCAACCGCCGGAAACACGUGAUUGUAUUCCACUGCGAGUUUAGCUGCAAGCGUGCGCCGUCGAUGGCGCUUGCGCUGCGUCAAGCGGACCGCGGUUUGGCACACGACUAUCCCAACUGCCAUUUCCCCGAGAUCUACAUCUUGCAGGGGGGAUACUGUGGCUUCUUCCGCGAGUAUGCGCAGCUGUGUGAGCCGCAGCAGUACAUCUGUAUGGAUGAUCCGCGCUUCGUCGCGCGUCGCUCUAGCGAGCUGAAUGGAUUUCGCAAGCAGUUCUCACGCCAUCGCAGCUUUACCUAUGGCGAGGGCAGGAGGCAGAUCAGUCAGUCGUAUCAGGGACGUCAGACGAUCAAGGAGGAGGAUGCUUCGUUGAUGGACGAAUCGCCGUGUUCGGGGGUGGCCAAGAUGAUGCCGAGGGAGGCGUCGUCUUCGUCCGUAGUGGUUAGGGAGGCAAACGAGCAAGCGGGUGAUGCUAGUUUUGGCAGUGUGGGAGACUCGAGCUUCGAGGAUGGUAUUGGCGAUAGCCCCUGUGCGGCGGCAGGGUCGAGGAAGCCUGUCACCAUGCUCCUCCAGCCCAGAGUGGGUUCGCUUGGCAGACGACCGCUCCUGCGCGCCGGCACCACGGGCAACAUCCUGCCGCGUUUCUAG